GUGUAUUGGAUUUGGUAUAUUUGUAUGUACAAUUAGGUUAAUUAUGGAGGAUGCAUUUCUAAGUAUAUUACAAGAAAGUUAGUGUUCUUGGAUGUGUUAUUUUGGGCAGGCUUUCGUGUAUUGUUGCGUCAAUUAGGGUCGCAAUUGGAAGUUAUUUGUAGAGAGGUGGAAUCUAUGAUGGGAGUUUUGUGAAUGCAGAGUUCUUCACAGCAAAACAGUGACGUAAAACUGAGAUUCAUCUGAAGUAGGUGCUAUUUAUUAUAUAUCACAUGACUGAAACACUGGCCAACAUCAGUUAUCAAAGGCUUCAGUGAUAAAAGACAGAAAAAGAAAAUAGUGUAGAAAGUGACAAUUGCUGGUCCAGUAUUUUUGGAACUAUUGAAGAAAAAUCUUCCCGUGUGGUGAGAAACUCGAGAGAAAAAAAUAUAUUGAUAUUGAACAGUUCCCAAACUAAACAGGCUUCAUGAUGGAUGUCGAUAUUAUAAAGAUGGAGCCGGGGAGCCCAUUAGGUCUCAGUCGAUGUGGCCAUUCCCUGUCCUUGGAAGAAAGCUUCGGCCGCGACGUCUUUGCAGACUAUCACAAUGACGACUACGGCUCAGAUGGUUCUUACCAAGGAAACAGUGCAGACAAUAGUGGUAACAUAUCCCCUUGCAGCAUUGAUGAAAGUCCAUCUCCCAUUGACACACGCAAAUUAGACUUCAUUAACAAUAUUGCUACUUCCAUCACAAAUUCCAUUAAUUGUGAUCAGGACAACAUUGAGUUACCAAAGAGACUUUGCUUGGUGUGUGGUGAUGUGGCAUCAGGCUACCACUAUGGGGUGUCCUCUUGUGAAGCAUGUAAAGCAUUCUUCAAAAGAACUAUCCAAGGAAAUAUUGAAUAUUCUUGCCCUGCCAAUGGUGACUGUGAAAUUACCAAAAGAAGGCGAAAGGCUUGCCAGGCAUGCAGAUUUCAAAAAUGUCUCCGAGUGGGCAUGCUCAGAGAAGGGGUUCGUCUGGAUCGAGUCCGUGGAGGAAGACAGAAGUACAAGCGCACCAUCGACUCUGGCCCUAUUGUGCAGCAGAUUUUUCCCAUGAUCAAGAAAGCCUGUGUAGAAACCACUAAGUCAGAUUUUUCUUCAGAUAACAAAAUUCUGUCACAACUCAUAAGCAUCGAGCAUCAGCUAGACAAACUGUACGUCAAUACUGAGUCAGAAAUCCUGGAGGGGGGAGAGGAGGUGCGCUUUCUUGCCACUGUAUCUGAUCUGGCUGACAGAGAGCUGGUGAUCACCAUCAGCUGGGCUAAACAGGUCCCAGGAUUCUGCACCCUAUCCCUCAGUGACCAGAUGAACCUUUUGCAGCAUUCAUGGUUGGAAAUCCUAUGUUUAAAUCUUGUAUUCCGUUCUUGUCCUUACAAUGGCUACCUCAAAUUUGCUGAGGAUCUUCAACUCUCUGUCGAUGAGUGUAAACUCUGUCACUGCUCUCCAGAACUUGACGGGCUGUCACGGAAACUUGCCAAAAAAUUCACUGACAUGGAGGUCACAAAGGAAGAAUAUCUCCUGCUGAAAGCCAUGACUUUAUGCAAUAUAGAUGUGGCAAUUGAGAAUAGCGAAGCAGUGAGACAGCUCCAAGACAAAUUACAAGAUUCCCUGAUUGAAUAUGUCAAAUACCGCUAUGUGGGUAAUCUCCGCCGAUUAGGACAUCUAUACAUGCUUCUCCCAGCUCUAAAUCACAUGAAAUUGCUUGCCAAGCAGUACUGGUUUGACGUGAAGAAAGAUGGAAGGAUCAUGAUGCACAAGCUUUUCCUGGAAAUGUUGGAGGCGGACUCUUGACGUUGAAAAUGGAAGGGAAAUAACUCUUAAAUAGUGUUAAGGUUUUUUUUUUCUUGACAAGCAUGUGAUAUAUUUUGUAAUUAAAGAAGCUUUCACAGAUUAAGAUUAGAGAGCAGAUGCAGUUCAUGGUAUAUUUUUAGUAUAAUUAUGCAAAGUUAGAUUUGUGUAAAAUUUUUGUUGUUUGAUUUUUUAAUUCUUUCUUGUUUAAAGUUUUUUUCUGUAUAUCAUGACAUAUGUGUGAUGUGCAUAGAACACAGACAUUGUAACCUGUGUGCUAUAACUGUGUGUAUAAGGUGGAAAAAAUUGUCGUAAUCUUAUCCAGAUCUCAAAGCUAUCGUAGUUAGACAUUUUAUUUUUUGUUUUCCAAGUUUUUUCCCAAGAUAUGCACAUGCAUGCAGAGAAUUGUUACAAGUUCUUUAAGAUUUCAGUUGUAAAGUAUACCCUUUUACAACAAAGGGUGAGAAAUUGUUACAUACUUAAUCAUAUUCAAAUUAUAUGCAAAUAGAUGUGGAAUUACCUGCAUCAUACCGAACCAUAUUGGAACUUGUAACAAAUCUUCUGUAUUUACCCCCAAUUGUUAGCAUCAGUAGUGCUAAACAUUGUGCCAAAUCUGCAACUUUGUUUCAUUGAUGAUAGACCAGGCUACAUAAUUUCCCCCCACAAUCCUUUCAUUCCAAUAUUUUGCCAUUUCCCAUAGUAGUUAUUGGCCCUAGUCUGAAGGCAGCAAAAAUAUAUAGGGGGAUUUCCCUGAACAAAUCCUUUGACUUCUAUAUGAUAGAUUCCCCCUUCAUAGUUUUUUUAACCAUAUGAGUACUGUUGGUCCUUCACUGCUGCUUGCUGGUGUUGACCAUUUGGAUCCCCAAUUGUUUCUCACAUGAGGGUCAAACAGUUGUCCAUUCAUUCCCACCUCUUUGUUGUUUAUCCAAACCAUUAUGAUUUUCCCCCCAGUUUAUUUGAUAGAAAGUUUGAACUCAGUGAAUAUGACAGCUUAGUGAAAAACAGAAUUUGUUAGAAAUUUCUUAUGAACGACUUUUUGUGUAUUCUGUGAUUGGAUGAAUAUGGACCAAUUAUCAUGAUGCAAAUUUACUAGUCAUAUUUAAACUCUAUCUGCUCAUGCAGAUUUCUGCACUGAUGUCCGUCCAUGGCAGAUGAUAUGUCUCCUUCUCUACAAAGGACCCUGGCUGAUACAACUGAUGGUUUGGAUACCCUGUGUAAACUUUACUUCUUCUAUUCUAAACAGAAAUACUUUUUUAGGG